UGCAAUCUGAUUUUCUCGGUUGGUUAUCUCUGUUUUCAUUCUCUUCAAGUGCUCAGCAUGUCAUCGUCUAUGAAACUAUUAGUCGUUAGUGCAUUAGCUUUUAUCUUUGCUGUAUUUGCUGACAAUUCGGAGGUUAUACUAAAUAACGGUGUUUAUUCACUGGACCGCAACACUUACUCGGAUUUCUUGGACAAGAAUGAAUUUGUUAUGGUCAAGUUUUAUGCGCCUUGGUGUGGGCAUUGUAAGAAUCUAGCUCCUAUAUAUGAAAAAGUUGCUUUGAAGUUUACUCAGAAUAACCCUCAAGUGAAAUUUGCAAAAUUUGAUGCGACUGCAGAGGAUGCUUCCAAACUUUUAAGCCCCUUAGAUAUAAAAGGAUAUCCUACCUUGUAUUGGUUUAAAUCUAAAAAACCAAUUUUGUACGAUGGUGGACGAAGCGAAGAUGAAAUCUCUAACUGGGUCACAAAAAAAAGCGGGCCUUCAGUUUCUCCCAUCUCAACGUAUGCAGAUUUGAAAGAUAAGUUAGCAGCGCAUAAGGUUGUGGUGUUAGGCACCUUUGAUAAAAUCGAAGGUAAUUCGAACUUUGAAGUUUUUUCGGAUUUAGCUUACCAUAUUAAUGGGGUGGAGUUUUAUUAUUCUACUAGCCAUGAAAUUUUUAAAGAGGUUGGUAGUAACAAAGUUGUCAUGUUCCGACAAUUUGAUGAGCCAAAGCUUGUGUUUGAGGAUGAAUUUAAUUACAAUAAUCUUGAGAAUUUUAUUACUUCAAACAAAAAUCCUCUCGUUAUAGAACUCGGCCCCGAGACACAUAAAUUUAUUUUUGGUGAUCCAAAGAAAAAAGUUGUACUCCUUUUUUCACUCUUAAGUGGUCUUGACAAAAACAUUGUAGGCUGUUACAAGGAUGCCGCUAAAAAAUAUAAAGAAAAAGCCGUACUGGCUUUAGUAGAUAGCAACAUCGAGAAUAACGCUAAUAUUAUAUCUUUUUUUGGUUUAAAAAAAGAUGAUGAGGCUGUUGCUAUUCUCGAUAUUGAAAAGGAUUUGCGCAAGUACCGACUUAAAGGGGAUAUGACUUGCCCAGCCAUUGAGGGCUUCCUCCAAAACUAUUUUGAAGAUAAACUUACUCCUUUUUAUAUGUCGGAAGAGGUUCCCGCUGAUUGGAAUGAAAAAGAUGUUUAUACUUUAGUAGGGAAAAACUUUAAGGAGGUUGUCUCAAAUUCCAAUAAGGCUGUAUUUGUUAAGUUUUAUGCUCCCUGGUGCGGCCAUUGUAAGGCUUUGGCACCCACCUGGGAAAAACUAGGGGCCUCUUACAAAAAUAAUGCCAACGUCGUUAUUGCCAAGAUAGAUGCAACCAAGAAUGAGGUAGAAGGCAUCACCAUUGAGGGAUUUCCGCAACUUAAACUUUUUCUUCCUGGAGAAAAAGAAAGCAUUGCGUAUGAAGGUCAGCGAGAUAUCGCAUCUCUAAAGAAUUUCUUGGAGAGUCAUGUCCCAGGCUUGUUGGAAAAAAGUCAAAAGGAUGAGCUAUAAAACUUCUUUUGGGUUUGACUGCAACAUAGACAAUAAAGAU